UCUUCAAUGCCCUCCCCUCGCGAAUCCUCUAAACCCCAACCACAGUGACCUUAAAAAAUGAAGUCAGGAUAGCAACGCGCCCCAUCUGAAACAGACAACAGAUUUACACGAUCAGCGGAUAAUGCCCAUCUCCUCUGUGUGAUUCGAGGAUUCCUUCAGGUCCCUAGCCUGCUCACUGGGAACUGUGCUCUCUCAAGGCCCCGGGUUUUUAAACACGUAGCCCCGUGCCUGGUCCUACGCCACAUUCCAAAGUUUCGGCUGUAAUGCUUCGUCCUCUCAGCUUUUACGCGCUGCUCCUACACUCAGCAUCUCAGAGAUUAUCACUUGCCGCUGUAAUUGCCCAAUUACAACUGGCAAUUGUGAUCGACCGAGGGCCCAAGUCCGUCUAUCACGUCCCACCUCGGGACCCCGCCCCACCGGAGAAAGCCUGAACGGCCGCAGAUCAGAAACCCGCCACACACAAACUCACAUGUUUCCUUCCCGCGCGGUGGGGCACUGGAAGCUGUGCUGUGAAGACGGAAAUGCACAUGCGCAUACGGACCAGUAGGGACUACGAUUCCCAGAACCCUCCUGACCGAGACUCUAUUUCCCAGAAAGCGCCGCGCCCCCCCCUCCGGAACUGCGCUCAAAAGCGGAAGUUAGGGAGCUCUGUACCAGAGGCCUCAUGCAGCCACACCAAACGAGUGUGGGCACCUAAGGUUUCUAAGAGGGUUCUCCUGCUGCUCUGGGUCUCAUCUGAUUGGUGUCCAUCCACACAUUCCCAGCCAAGGUUAUUUAUGCUAGAGGAGGAAGAAUGCCCUCCCCAGAGUCAGUUCCUUGGGAAAAGAAGAGCUGUUGAGGCUCAAGCCUCCAAAGAAGAAAGAGUCUCUGCAACAGCUAAAGGGAGGCUGGCCACUGCAGAAUUUUUCCAGGCUGCCAGGUCACAUGGGUUCCAGCCAGGCGCAGCCAAUGAAAGAAAAGGCCAAGGUGUUGCUCUCUCAGGAAGCUUCCUGCCCUCCUAUGAUAUUUCUGACAGUAUCUGUAACGAGGCUUUAGCCUCUGCCAGAAAGGCCAGCUGUGGUUCCAGCUACCAUCAGUGACCCCAGCCUCUGGGCUCUGGUAACACCAUCUCCUCUGAUUUUCCCUCUGACCCAGGCUUGGGAGUGACUUCCCACUGUCACUAAUCUAAACUUCUCAGAUCAUUCAUCAAUCGUGUAACCAAUUCCCUGCAUUAAAUCCCCUCGGUUAUAAUAUGUGUGGCAAUUUCUGUUGUUCUGGUUAGAUCAUGACUGAUAACAUAUGUUGUGGUUAAAAUGUAUUUUUCUUUAACAUGGAUUAGCCAUUAGCAAAUUCUUUAAUUAGAGUUGUGUUUACACAAUCUAUCAUUAUCUGUAUCUGUUGAAGGGCAGUUCGUAAUCUUUUGAAAUUAUUAUGACCUGCCAGUAAAAUUUUACAAUAUAUAAAUUUCAUAAAUGGUU